AUUGCACGAGGUAAAUUAAUGCUUCCAAGUCCGAGUGUUUACAAAAUGAAACGCUUAUAAAUAUAGGGAGGCUGCAUCAUUAUCUGAGCAGCAACAACAUGGGAGAAGAAUCAGUGAAGUUAAUUGGAUCUUGGUUUAGUCCUUUCAGUUUCAGGGUUAAAUGUGGUUUAGCUUUAAAGGUAUCGAAUAUGAUUUCUUACUGGAAGAUUUAAUGAAGAAGAGUAGACCAUUGUUGGAGGAGUACAACCCGGUUUACAAUAAGCAGAACCAUAAGAUACCAGUUUUUGUUCAUCGUGGAAAGUCUAUGAUAGAGUCCAUGAUUAUCCUUGAGUACAUCGAAGAAACAUGGCCGGACCGCUAUCCGUUACUAGCGAAAGACGUAUACGAGAAAUCUAUUGCUAGGUUCUGGAUUAAAUUCAUUGAAGAUAAGACUGCCACCUUUUUUAAGUUUUUCCUAACGUCAGGGGAAGAGUGGGAGAAGGCACAAGGAGAAAUAUUAGAGAUAUUGAAAACCAUUGAAACACAAAGUGCAAUUAAAAAUGAUAAAUGUAAGUUUUUUUGGUGGUGAUAAGAUUAAUGCCGUUGACUUGGCAUUUGCAGCUUUAGCUUACUGGCAAGUAGGUAUGGAAAAAGUAGCAGGAGUUGCGCUUCUUGAAGCACAUACAUUUCCUAAAGUUCAUGCCUGGACUGAAGCGUUCAGAACAGAUCCAGUGAUACAGAAAAAUCUCCCUAACUUUGAGGAAUUGUUGGUCUUUUUCGAAAAUGCGAAGAAGUAUGGGUACCUGCAGACACCACCUAAAUAAGUUAUCAUUCUCAAAUUUCAAUUGAUUUGGUAACCCUGUGAAUUUGCUUACUCCUUUAGCAAUCUUGAAACUGUAUCUGUUACUGUUAGGCUUCUCGCCCUCUUUUUUGUAUUCUGUGAUGCGCUUUAAUAUUUGAAUAAUAGUAGUGUAACCUUUGCAGCUAAA